GGUACUGGCCUCGGCCGCGCGGUGACCGCGGGUGUUGUCUACGCCGCGUGGACCUACGUCUCCACCUUGCGUCCGCCACGGGGGCCACACCUGCCGGGACCCAGGACCCAGGACCCAGGAUCCAGCGCGCGGGCGCGCGGAUUGAGGAAAUUAGGGCGGUGGGGAUGGAGAAGGGAAAGGUGAUGGAGAAGGGGAAGGCGGUGGAGAAGGGGAAGGUGAUAGAGAAGGGGAAGGUGAUAGAGAAGGGGAAGGUGAAUGAUAAGGGGAAGGUGAAUGAUAAGGGGAAGGUGAUGAAGAAGGGGAAGGAGCCAGAGAAAGAGAAAAUUCGGGAAAAAGGAAAAGAAGAGAAAAAGACGGAGGUGGAGAAGGAGAAAAUUAAGGGGAAAGAGAAAGGAAAGGAGAAGAGUAACUGUAAGGAGGAGGAGAAGAGGAAAGAGCGGGAGACCGAGAAAGAGAAGGAACAACUCAAGGGAAAAGAAGAGAAAGAGAAGAAGGACAACAGCGCCUUGACAAAGCCCCCGCUGGAGCCGCCGGAGAAAAAUAAGCAGAUCCUUGUGUUGGGCCUGGAUGGAGCAGGAAAGACCAGCGUUCUGCACUCUCUAGCUUUAAACAGAGUCCAGCACAGCGUGGCACCCACCCAAGGUUUCAAUGCAGUAUGCAUCAACACCGAGGAUAGCCAGAUGGAGUUUCUGGAGAUUGGUGGCAGUGAACCUUUCCGUUCCUAUUGGGAAAUGUACCUAUCCAGAGGAUUGUUGCUGAUCUUUGUGGUGGAUUCAGCUGAUCACAACAGAUUACCUGAAGCCAAGAAACACCUUCAUCAAUUAAUUGAAACAAACCCAAUCCUUCCUCUGGUUGUGUUUGCAAACAAACAGGAUCUCGAAGCAGCCUAUCGUAUUACAGAUAUCCAUGAAGCUUUGGCAUUGUCUGAGGUGGGAAAUGACAGGAAGAUGUUCUUGUUUGGAACCCAAGUGACUGAGAACGGCUCAGAAAUACCCUCCGUUAUGCAAGAUGCCAAAGACUUGAUUGCACACCUGGCUGCAGAUAUGCAGUGACCACGCCCAGACCCACUGUGCAGCUGUCAAUCUAAAUCUCACUGGGGACUGUUGAGUGACAGGUUUGAAGCCGAAGGUUUCCUCUGUCAAAUAAAAAAAUAAGCCAUUUCCUAUUUUCUUAAUGCAUGACAUAUAUACAAAGAUAAUGUUAAUUGAUUAUGAGCCUCUCUGUGUUUGGGUGGCUCAGUGGGUUGGGCCGCUGCCUUCGGCUCGGGUCGUGAUCUCAGGGUCCUGGGAUCGAGUCCCG